AUGUCUCCUCUCAUCCUUGAUGGAGCCCGUGACAGUCUCUCGCCGGUGCCUCGAAAGCGCUCACACCAUUUUGCAGUCUCUCAAGCUCAACCCGAAGACAUUCCAAGACUGGWCGACAUUGAGUUUUUUGCUUUCGAGAAUGAGAAGACAAAUCACGUACUUUCCUAUCGGGACUACAAUCAGCCUGCUCAUUUCGAGAGGGCCAUCCAAUCGUACCGAAGCAUCAUAAGCAAGGUGCCACAAUCCAAAAGACGGGCCAAGACGGCAACCUCACGGAAGCCCAUUCGACGAGUGCCUUCCAGCGAAUACUGUUUCCGGAAAGUAAUCGACACCGACACCAACCUGAUCGUUUCGUGGGCCAAGACGGAAAUCAAAGCUUACAGCGAGGAGGAGCUUGCCAGCCCGGCAGAUAGCGGGCACGAGGGAGAGGCUGUCAUGAAUCGCGACUGGUUCGCGUUGAACGAAAAGCUUCGACGCGAUUACAUGGGCACUGCACGGCAUUGCUACGUUGGCAUGGUCGCUACUCAGCCAUCUUACCAGCACCGCGGAGCCGGUACAAUGCUCCUGGAACAGAUCCUCGCCGAUGCCGACAAUGCUGGAUUGGAAUGCUACCUCGAAGCCACGGACACCGCCAAGCCUCUAUACGAGCGACAUGGAUUUGUGACAGUGAACGAAUUGCGGUUUGAUCCAGCUCCAUAUGGAGUGUACGGUUUCAAGAUCGAGAGACAGACCAUCAUGGUACGAGGAGCGUUGAAUGCCCAGGGAGUGAGGAGCGAGGUGAGGUCAUGGCCAGCAGAGGUCGCUUCAGUGCCACUUUAA